UCUUUGGCAUAAGCGGCUCCUGUGUGUGUCAACAUCAGAAGGACCAGCCGCAUUUAGCUGCCAAACAACUCAACGGAUGCGUGAACUGCUCCCAUGUCUCAGUGAACACAUUUAGGAGCGGCGUGUAGAGCCAGCUGGUCUGCAUCCAGUAGUGACAGCAGCCCUGAGUCUGACAUGCUUCUGGAGAAAUAAACCCCACCGAUGGAAACCCAGAGGAAGAGCUCUGGGGAUGAUGGUGGUGGAGAGCGGGGCCUGCUCCACACCUGGAAGGGCUACUCUUGCAGCGUCACCCCGGAAAGGUUGCUCCUCCCCCGUCCUGUCCUUCAGGUGGCCCUGGGCACACGGCAUGGAGUCCUGCUGGUGGAAGGAGGGCAGGUGUACAGUUUUGGCGAUUUGCUGUGGAAGCAGAGUCAAGUGCCCGAGCCGGAGAAACCCACUCUGGAGAGCGCGCUCAGCGGCCAGCGGGUGGUCGCUGUUGCGGCUGGAAGCUUCCACAGCGGGGCUGUGACAGAGGAUGGUGGGGUCCACAUGUGGGGCGACAACAGCUGGGGUCAGUGCGGCUUGACGGGGCUCAGCACCGUCCCCAACCCGACUCCGGUCGCCGUGGUGGACCCCGACACCAGCCCUCCGCAGACGGUCCCGGUGCAGGAGGUGGCGUGUGGAGAGCAGCACACCCUGGCGCUGUCGGCUCAGCGGGAGGUCUGGGCGUGGGGCAGCGGUUGCCAACUGGGCCUCAACACCACCAUCUUUCCAGUGUGGAAACCACAAAAAGUUGAACAUUUGGCAGGCAGGUAUGUACUCCAGGUGGCCUGUGGGGCGUCACACAGCCUGGCUCUGGUGCGCUGCCUGGGCCCUCAGGAUGUCCACCGCCCCCCUGUGGACAAAUGCAGACAGUGUAACCAGCUGCUGUACACAAUGACAGACAAAGAGGACCAUGUCAUCAUCUCUGACGGUCACUACUGCCCCGUCGGUGUCGAACUCACCGAGGAUGAGGGCAUGCUGGAGGCGCCUGCUCCCACACAAGGGCUCAAAACAUCCCCGUCCGAGCCAGUCCUCCCCUCCCAGGCCUCCACCUCAGUGUACCCAACGCCUGCUCAAGGCGCCGACCCCUCCUCUGACGCCACACAUCAUCAGGACUCGGAGACAAAGGAGUCAGCCUUACUGACAAACGGAGCCCUGCCAGCCUCAGACUCGGACCCAUCAGUUCAGUCCAACGGUGGUGUUUCUGUGGGUGUCAAGAAUUCCCCUUAUCCAGAUGAGCAGGCUGUCAAAGACUACCUGAAGAAGCUUUCUGACAACUCGGUGGCCGAGCAGACAGCGAAGGCCACCGCUGGAGGACUGCACACUCUGCUGCCCUCAGCAGGAGGAGUCUCCUCCUCCACCCCCAGCUCCACGCUCAACAGCCUGGUGGCGUCCUGCGCCUCUGCAGUGGGCGAGCGGGUUGCCUCCACCUACGAGGCCUUGUCCCUCAAGAGGAUGAUGACCUACCUGCCCUCCGGAGCGGCAAGGUCAGGUGGGCCGGCGGGCCUCGCGGGUGUUGUGGCCGAUAGCACUGCAGAGCGCGUCCGUCUGGAGGACUCUGUGCAGGCCAAGAAGAGCUCCAGCACGGGGGACAUCCGCGAGGAGGAGGCCGAGGGGCUGCGUCGCCGUCUCUCGCUGCCUGGACUCCUCUCACAGGUGUCUCCACGGCUGCUGAGGAAAGCCGGCCGUCCCAGGAUGCGUGCCGUCGCCCUCACCCCGCUGGGAGGGGCCGUCCCUGAGGUCCAGGAGGUGUUUCCCACCCUGCAGACGGAGGUGUGGAGUUGGGGCCAAUGCGAGCACGGACAGCUGGGACAUGGAGACACUCUGGCCAGAUUACAGCCGCUGUGCAUCAAGAGUCUGAACAAUAAGGAGGUGGUGCGGGUGGCGGCCGGCGCUCAUCACUCCCUCGCACUGACCGCUCAGUCUCAGGUGUUUUCAUGGGGAAGUAACAGUUGUGGUCAGCUUGGCCACAUGGAGUCACCCAGCACCGUCCCCCGCCCGGCAAAGAUGUCGGAGGGCAUCCGGGUCUGGGACGUGAGUGCCGGAGAGAGGCACACCCUCCUGCUCGCCGACGGAGACUGCAUCCAGCCCAUCAUCUAUUACAGCGGACAGCAGGUGAAAGAGGAGGCGGAAGAGAGCCAGGGAAAGGAGCUGGAGCAGCAGGAGGAAGGAGAGGAAGAGGAGCAGCGGGCAGGAGGAGGCUACACUCAGCAGCCUGUGCUGCUCCCCUUCUGCAUGAAUCUGCGUUACGUGAGCAAUGUGUUUGCGGGCGGCCAGCACUGUGUGGCUCUCUCGGACAGAAACGUGAUGGGCUUCAUCGCCAGCCUCCACGAGCUGGCGUCAGCUGAGCGCAAGUUCUACUGCAAGCUGUGUAACAUCAAGACGCAGAUAAUACGCCCCCUGCUGGAGCUGGAGUCUCUGAGUUCGGCCCUCGGCCAGGUGGCCCUCGGGCUCCUGCAGAGUCUGGCGCGCCGAUUCAGCCGCCUGUGUCACCUGACCGGGCAGCACGGCGCCAGCCUCACCGCCAACCUACGCCGUGACCGCAACAUCAAGGGUCUGCUCGUCCUCGACCACACCAGCGUCUUCCUCGAGUCUUACCAGGAGUACUGCAGCGCUGUGGGCGACUUCCAGGUGAUGGGAGGCUUCCAGACCCUGACCAAACCCUCACUAGAUUUCUUUGGGAAGAGUCCCGAGCUGCUUCAGAGGCUGUCGGAGUGCAGCGAGGAGAACCCCUCCAUGGCCGACCUCCUGGUGGCGCUGUUCUACCUCCCAGCCCGCCACCUUCAGGAGUACAGCCGGCUGCUGCUCAAACUGGCCACCUGCUUCGAAGUGGUGGGUGAAACAAAUGCAAGUCAACAGCUACGGUGCUCCAGUGACUACCAGAGGCUGCAGGACAGCUGCUCCAAGUUCGAGGCGUUGGCCCUCCAGCUGAAGAGAAAAAGGAAGGACGCCGAAUACACGUUUCAUUUCUGGAAGAGCUUCCCCGGCAAAAUGACGGACUCGCUGAGGAAGCCUCACCGCCGGCUCAUCUGCGAGAGCAGCAACAAAGCUCUGACCCUGCAGAACGCCGGGAGGUUCUCCGUCAACUGGUUCAUCCUUUUCACCGACGCUUUGGUCCAUGCACAGGGCGUGGCGCCUUAUAAAAGUCUCUUCUCCACCCAUCAUGUAUUCCCUUUGGCCACGCUUUGGGUGGAACCGAUCCCAGAGGAGAACACUGGACUACAUGGUCUGAAGGUGAUCACACCAGAGGAGACGUUCACCCUGCUGGCCUCCUCUCCUUUGGAGAAGGCCAAGUGGCUUCGCUCCAUCAACCAGGCAGUGGACCAGGCCCUGAGUGGGGCGGGGCAGGACUCAGCAUCAGUCAGCUCGGGUCAAAAGCUGGAGCCUCCCAUCUCCAGGACGGCCUCCUACACUUUUUAUAAGGACGGGCGGCUGAAAGAGGCAACGUACGAAGGACGCUGGCUUGCCGGGAAGCCCAAUGGCAGGGGAUUGUUAAAAUGGCCUGAUGGGAGAAUAUACACAGGAACGUUCAAGAACGGACUGGAAGAUGGCUUUGGAGAUUUUGUUGCUCCCAACAAGAUGCUGAACAAGAACGAUCACUACCAAGGUCACUGGAAAGAUGGCAAGAUGCACGGCCUGGGGACAUACAGGUAUGCCAGCGGUGAAGUUUACGACGGCUCCUUCCAGGAUGGCAUGCGGCACGGCCACGGCAUGCUGCGCAGCGGCAAGCUCAACACCUCCUCCCCGAGCGUUUUCAUUGGCCAGUGGCUGCAGGACAAGAAGACCGGCUAUGGCGUCUUCGAUGAUAUCACAAAAGGGGAGAAGUACAUGGGCAUGUGGCAGGACCACCUGCGGCAGGGCAUCGGCGUCGUUGUCACCCAGUUUGGCCUGUACUACGAAGGAGCCUUUAAAGAUAAUAAGAUGAUGGGCAGUGGGGUCCUCGUGUCAGAGGACGACACCACGUACGAGGGCGAAUUCUCUGACGACUGGACGCUGAACGGAAAGGGCGUGCUCACCAUGGCUAACGGUGACUACCUGGAGGGCAGCUUCAGUGGCGAGUGGGGCUCUGGCCUCAAAGUGGCCGGAUCCUACUUCAAACCACACCUGUUUGACACAGACAAGGACAAAACCCGACCCGUGAAGCUGGGGCGUCUGUGUGUGUGUGCCGAGGAUAAGUGGCAGGCGGUGUUUGAUGAGUGUUGGAGCCAGCUGGGCUGCGAGGCGCCGGGCCAAGGAGAGGACUGGAAAGCCUGGGAGAACAUCGCAGUGGCCCUGACCACCAGCCGACGGCACAUCCAGGACAGUCCGGAGAUGUUGUCCCGAAGUCACAGCCGAACCCUGGAGAGUCUGGAGGUCAUCCCACAGCACGUUGGACCAAUCACUAUGGAGAGAUUUGACACCAUCCGCCUCUACCUCAUCAAGGCGUGUGACACCCCUCUCCACCCACUGGGCCGGCUGGUGGAAGCCCUGGUGGGGGUCUAUCGCAUGACCUACGUGGGCGUUGGAGCGAAUCGUCGGCUGCUGCCUCAGGCUGUCAAAGAGAUCAAGUCUUACCUCAACCGCAUCUUUCAGAUUGUCAGGUUUCUUUUCCCAGACCUGCCAGAAGAGGGCGGUCUAAUUCCAGAGCCGACCAUCAACCUCCAAGACGAAAAGGAUGAAGGCUCCGCUGAUGUCCCACCAGAGUCACCAAAACCCGGCCGUGUGGUGAGCAGCUCGGCUCUGCUGCUCCCCGUCCUCCUGCCUCGCCUCUACCCGCCGCUCUUCACCCUCUAUGCUCUGGACAAGGAGAGGGAAGACGACGUCUACUGGGAGUGUGUCCUCCGCCUGAACAAGCAGCCCGAUCUGGCCCUGCUCGCCUUCCUGGGCGUUCAGCAAAAAUUUUGGCCUGUUUCCAGUCCCAUCUCCAUGCCUGCAGUGGGGGAGAAGCAGCAGGUCCUCUCCAGCACGAAGGACGCCUGCUUCGCCUCUGCAGUGGAAACACUACAGCAGAUCAGCACCACGUUCACCCCGUCAGACAAGCUGCAGGUGAUCCAGCUCACCUUUGAGGAGAUCACCCAGGAGGUUCAGUCGCUGCUCAAGCAGGACUUCCUGUGGUCGAUGGACGACCUCUUUCCUGUCUUCCUCUACGUGGUGCUGCGUGCACGAAUCAGGAACUUGGGGUCAGAGGUCAACCUGAUUGAAGACCUGAUGGACCCCUGUGUUCAGCAUGGAGAGCACGGCAUCAUGUUCACCACGCUCAAGGCUUGUUAUUACCAGAUCCAGCACGAGAAGAUCACUUAAAAGACGAGCGCAGGCGUUACUUCCUCAGUUAUUCUGCACGCUGCCGCCCCACCUGCUGUCACAGCCAAUCACGGGGCAGGGAUCAACAAGACUUGAAGGUGACGGGUGCAGUGGCCAAUGGGAAGCAGAGGAUCAUAUGAACAGGUUGCUGUCAGCUCCAUCUGCUGCUCUCAUGGAGAGGGGAUCACCUCCCCCUCCCUGACACACACACGCACACACACACACACACACACGGCCCUUUUAGUGACCUCUACUGGCCUCGUGUCCACGGAUCAUGAAGGUGCACAUGUGCAUGUUGUUAUACUGCCAGAGAUGAGCCACUUCAUACCAUCCAGUGUGAGACAACAGUAAGACUGACUGUGCGAAAUCCUGAUGUUGCUGUGGAGGAAACUCAGACUUCAUCCUCGUGUUUAUUUUAGUGCCAAUGGGAGUGAUUUGUUCUCUGGCUUCUCGUCUGGGACAGCAUACUGUGAGACCGCAGCAGAAUCAGUUUUUCAGCAUGAAAAACAUUUUUUUUUUUUUCUUGACAAAGCGACAUGAGCCGUCACACAGCCUGAACUUUCCUUUUUAGACUUUCUUUUUUCACCUGACAUGAAGAAACGGACAUAACAGGGCAGUAAUCCCCUGUCAGCAGGUCACUUUUGAAACUGACAACUUUAUAUUUGGUGUUUACAGCUGUUUUUUUUUUUAAUCCAAAUCACAUUUUGUUAAGCAACACGUGGGUGAGGUUUAUGCUUUGUCAGAAGUGUUUUCAAAUGGUUUUAUGAGAGAAGAGACUUAAAAGACAAAGACUAUGUGGUUGGUUUGCUAAAGUAUGACUGACUGACUUUGCCACCGUCGAUAAGGAGCAGCACGCAGCUGGAGCCGAGUGCACAGCUGUGUUUCAUAUGGUUUUAAUACAAAGCAAAUCAUUUAUAGCAUGUUUUGGGUACAUAUAAACUGACUUUGCUACAACUCUGAAUGAUACUAACGGGGUGUUUUCACACAGUUCUGGUCCCUCUACACACUGACUUUUUCCAAACCAACUCAUAGGAAUAAACACGAACGUAACAGACUGACAGGUAGCUCGUUGAUUGGACAGUUUUGUCGGUUGUCGUCCUGCAUCAUCAGGACCCGCGUGGGGAAAUCAAACUCCUGACUGACAGACUUUUAUGCAGCACUUAAAUGCUUCUGCCCCCAGUUUGAAUACUGUUUAAACAUUGUUAGCGGUUGAGUUAGCCAACUCCGUCUGCAGCAGUACUGCUGCUGGUUGAGUACGCAACAAACCCUGACAGUUUCCAUUGAGUCCACUCAUCACCACAGCCUGCAGUUUUGUAGGAACGCCAAGCUAAAGCACCGCGAAAAGAAAUGUGAGGGCUGUUGUGUUUCAUUGUCAGUUUACGGUUACGCAGGUCAGCAAAAUGUGAAAAAGUACGAGGUUAACGGGUAUCGAAACGUAUUCUUCUUCAGUCUAAACAUUUUCACUGUUCAGUCUCCGAUGUUACUUAAUUUUUAAAAUAUCAGCUAAACUGAAAAAUCAGGUGUUGUUUUUUUUCUUCAAGGUCUGGAUAUGCAUGAACUGUGCUGUGGAUGACAGUGUUCAUUGCCGACAGGGGGAGAAGUCAGCACAAAUGCUUAAUUUUCACAUUUUCCUGCUGCAGGUGGUGCUUCAGCAGGCAGUCGACUUAAUGCAAACGCUGUUUUUAUAGAUGUGAUGUUCUCUGCGCCAUCUGUUAAUGCUAACUGUUCUUUUUUUAAACCAUUCACAGCACAAACUGUCAGACAUUGUUGCUUAUUUGAGAUUUGCGUCACACGGUUUAUAAAAGGGCUUAAGAGGGGAUUCAGAGGAUGACUGAGCUUUUUCUUUUUUUUUUUAAAGUAUCGGAUGGUUGAACAAUACAAAACCAGUGGCCUCUUUUUUUUUCCUUUUCAGAGCAGUAAAUUUUGGUGAAGCUUUUCCUUCGGGACUUUCUAGCAGCAGAAAAUGUCCAAUUAUAUCAAAAAUUUCAAGCUGUCUCUCAUGUUUUCGUGACUUUGAAAUGAUUGCUCUUCCGUCCAGGUUACGAACUCUUGCUUCUGCCGAGACCGUUUGUGCCUGACACCUAAAGAAGUGAAGCAAUAUUGUCUGGCGUUCUUUCCCAGAACGCUGCAGACGCACAUGAGGCAGAGAGAGAAAAACAUUCCCAAGCCGUAAUUUUAUUUUGUCGACCAGAAACUGCUCUUUAAAACAAAUCAUUAUUUAACUGACAAGACAAAACUUCCUGUUUUUGCCCUCCUCGCUUUGUUGAGUCAAUUCUGACUCCUAAAACAAGCUCCUCUUCACACAACCUUAAAGUGGUUGCUGCACUGCAGUAUUUUCGUUUGAAGACGCAAGUGACUGCAAACCAAACUGCUGAUUGUAAUGGUUAUGCAUGAAGUGCGAUUUUGAAUCCAAACUGAAUGGUUAUAAGUAUAAACUGAAAUCAAUGUUCAUAAGCUCAUAUUUAGUUAAGUGACCUCAAAACAUGUUAACUAUGAAAACGCCCACAGAAGUCGUGGUGUUGCUUUGUUUGUAAAAUUGACUGUUUUGUCAGUGGAGUCUGGUGUUGACAUUUUGUGUUUCAGCUGGCUGACUCCCACCUGUGUGUCUUUUACAUGAUGUCAAAUGUAUUGUACCUUUAAACAAUAACAAAAGGGCAAUAAACUCAUGUGAUGGACAUUGCUAA